AUGGGUGCGAGGAGGAGUAUCUCGAUGGCUGAUGUUGAUAGUUAUCUAGCACUAGUUAGGCAUCAUGUGGAGAAAUUGAUUAUUGAACAAGUGGAAGAUAUGGGAUCCGCCAAAGUACAGCUAUCAACGUGGAUCAUAUGGAAAAAAAAGAUCAUGCUUGCUCUUCAACCUGAUGCAGAAGAUGGAAUAGCCGAUGUACAGCAUGCAAACAUUGAUCAAUACGCAAGGGUUGAAAAAGUGUUUAAUAGCAGAUUAUUGCAGGUAUUUCAAGAUAGUGAUGUAAAUGAAUUACUGGAUAACAUGUUUGCUCAAAUAAGGGUUUAUGUUGAAAAUCCAGCGUUACCACAGAGCGGGUUUACAAUCGAUCGAAUAAUACACAUGGAUACCGAUUUUCAUAAAUUGCAGCUCACGAGAGAUUCCUCAUAUAUAAAAUUACCUAAAUGGAUCAGUGCAAAAAAGGCUAUCAUCAACCAAAAAAAUGAUGAUGAGGAGUGCUUCAAAUGGAGUGUUAUUGCGGCACUGCAUCAUGAAAAAAUUGGGAUAGAUGUACAAAGAAUAUCUAAAUUACAACAAUAUGCAGAUCAAUACAAUUGGGAAGGGCUAGAAUUUCCACUAGACAUUAAAAAAAUAAUAAAAUUUGAAAAUAACAACCCCAAGAUUGCAGUCAACGUUUUAUACACCUCGAAGACUAGCAGCAUCAAUAUUUUGCAGAGAUCUGACUAUAACGCACCGCGCGAAAAUCAGGUAAACCUGCUGCUCAUCACAGAUGAUGAAAAGAUGCACUAUACCUGUAUCAAAAAUCUUUCAAGGAUAUUGGGCAGAGGAAACUCCAAGGACCACAAAGCAAUGCAUUUCUUCCUAAAUUGCCUGGAGGCGUUUAAUUAUGUAGAAUCUAGGGACAAGCAUUAUAAAUAUUCCACAAAUCACGAAGCGGUUAAAAAUAUAAUGCCAAAAGAAAAUGAAAAAUUGUUGAAAUAUGCUGAUGGUCAUAUGCAAUUCAAGGUCCCGUUUGCAAUCUAUGCUGAUUUUGAAUCACUGUUGAUCCCAGUGGAAGAUCGUAAGGAAAGUAAGACAAUUAAGUUAAACAAACAUGUACCAUCAGGCUGGUGCACAUAUGGCACAUUUCCCUACGGAUCUGUACCAGAUCCACUGACAACAUACCGUGGUAAGGAUUGCGUGGAAAAAUUUAUAGGGCACUUGAAAAAUGAGGUGAAGAGGCUAUAUAACACGUUUCCAGAGAAAACUAUGGUAAUCACACCAGAAGAAGAAAAUGAACAUAAUAACGCAUCAGAAUGUCAUAUUUGCAUGAAGCCAUUUAACGAUCCUGAGAACAAUCGCAAGGUUCGGGAUCACUGUCAUUAUACAGGUCUCUGCCGAGGUGCAGCCCAUAACAAUUGCAGCCUAGCGUAUAAAAUUCCUGGCCACAUCCCCAUCAUAUUUCACAAUCUGAGCGUUUACGAUGCGCAUCCGUCAUCAGGGAGCUUGGAAAAAAAAUAUAACGCGCAAGAUAUUGAGCAUCGAUUCAUCGAUAGUUUUCGAUUUAUGGCAUCAAGCUUUGAUAAAUUAUCAAGUAAUCUGCCCGAUGGUCAGUGUAAAAACUUUCGUCAGUUUUAUCAGGAGGAUGAUAUAUUUAAACUCAUGCGACGUAAGGGCGUGUACCCAUAUGAGUAUAUAGAGCGUUUUGAAGAGUCGGAGUUACCCCCCAAAGGAAGCAUUUCAUAG